UAUAUAUAUAUAUAAAGGGAGUUCCAGAUUUUACCAGUGAAGGAGAUGGAUGAUUGAGAACACUGGUCACCAGUAUUCUUAAUCAUCCAUCUCCUGCAUUAGAGAGGUGAACAGAAUAGGGACGAGAGAAAGAAGAAAAAUGUUGCGCAGCGAGGCCACGGGAGAAAGGGAGGCAUGCAGUUAGCAAGAUCAGAAGAGCUGUUAGGGUUAAAUUAGCGGUAGAAGAAGAUAGGAAGAGAUGGAACAUUUCGACGAUGAGAAGGUGAAGACAAUCAGUUAAGAGAGAGGAGUUGAUAAUACGAGAAGCUUUUGAUUCCAACCAGUCUAAAAUAACGGCACGAAUGGAACCCCUCCCCACAUACAUGUGAAGCAUAUUCCAUACAUGAACACAUAUAAGGGGACCUUGUACAGAGUUAACAGUUUGAGGAUGAGUGAGAAAAACUGGCGGAGAUGACUCAGAACUUCACAGAAGCUGUUUUAGCUAGAUAUGAGAUGUGAAGAUUCCAAUUUAGAUUAUAAGUAAAGGACAGACCGAUGAUUUCAGUGUAGAAGAGAAGGAGGCAGUUGAAUGUCAUUGAAGAAAAGGGAUAGCCAUCUGGAAGGUUGUGUCGAGUUGAUAGAGAUGGAGGAAUGAGUUUUGAGGCAUUGAAGAAUACAAAGUUUGUUCUGUCCCAUUUAGAAAUUUUAGAGAGAUCAUAAGUCAGGCGUACUGUGGCUUCCCAGCGUUAGCUGUUUACUUCCUGAAAGUCUGCACGUCUACGAAAAGGAGUAAAAGUGCAGAAUGGUGUCAUCAGCGUAGGAUAGGACAAAAAUUUUUGUUUAAAAGAUCAUUGAUGAAAAAUGAGAAUGGGUAACAAGACAGAACCCUGAGGAACACCACUGUUAAUAUAUAUAGACUUGGGAGAUGAAGAGUGACUUUUUACUGCAGCAGCAAUAGAAUGGUCAGAGAGGAAACUUGGGAUGACGUUACAGAGAAGAAUGGAAGCUGUAGGAGGCUAGUUUAAAAAUUAAAAGCUUUGUGCCAGACUCUAUCGAGUUUUUGAUACGUCAAAGGCAACAGCGAAAAAUUCACCAAAAUUCCUAAAAGAGGAUGACCAGGACUCCGUAAGGAAAGCCAGAUCACCAGUAGAACGCCUUUCUACGGAACGAAUACUAUUGAUCAGAUAAUAAUAAGGUUGUGUGUGAAGUGAUAGAUGUUUCAGAAUUUUCCUGUUGAAGACAGUUUUAAUAACUUUAGAGAUUCAGGAAAUUAAAGCAAUAGAACGGUAGCUUGAGGGGAUUAGAGCGGUCACUCUUUUCAGAAACAGGCUGAAUGUAAGUAAAAUUGUACCAAGAAGGAAAAGGUAGAUGUUAUUAAACAGAGUUGGAAGAGUUUGACUGGGCAAGGUGGAAGCAUGGACGCACAUUUACGGAGAAUAGAAGGUCCAUAAGCCUUUUCGAGGGUGACAGCCCAGCAAGGGCAUGGAAAACAUCAAUGCAAAAGAUCUUAAUGGGUAGAAUGUAGUAGUUGGAGGGUGGAGUGGGAGCAACAACCUCUAAAUCAUCUAAGGUAGAGUUUUUAGCAAAUGUUUAAGCGAAAAGUUCAGCUUUAUAGGUAGAUGAGAUGACAAUUGUACCAUUAGGUUGAAAUAAAGGGAAAGAUGAAGUUAUUGAAUAUAUUAUGGCUAGGUGACAUAAGUCACGAGGGGAGUUUGAUCAUGAAAGAUUGACACUUCCUAUUGAUGAAGGACAUUUUGGUUAGUACAAGAACAAACUUGGCAUGAUUCAGGGAAGAAAUAUAAAGCGCGUGAGGUGAUGAAAGGCUUAAAUACCAUUUGUGGGUCACCCCUCUAUCAUGUAUAGCACAAGAACAGGCUUCCAAACCAAGGUUUAGGUCUAGAGAAAGAGAGAAUGUACGCGUUCAUGCCAGACACAAUCACCUCUAUUAUGCGCUCAGCUCACAGAUGGAUCUGACACGGAAGCAGUAGUCAUUCCAAGGAAAAUCAUAAUAAUAUCUACUGAAGUCUCCCCAGUUCUCAAAGGCAAAAUGCCAAAGGCACCUCCGCUUUGGAGGAUUCUCAGGAGAGAUUAAAGCGAUAGGACAAGAUACAGAUAUGAUGAGAUUGUGAUCAGAGAACCCAACGAAGUAGAAAGGGUGACAGCAUAAACAGAAGGAUUAGAGGUGAGGAAAAGGUCAAGAAUGUUGGGCGUAUCUCCAAGACGGUCAGAAAUACGAGUAGUGUUGCACCAGUUGCUCUAGGUCGUGGAAGAUAGCAAAAUUAAAGGCUAGUUCACCAGAAUGGCAAUGAAGGAAGUGAAAAGCCAAUUGGUAGUUAAUUAACAUUGAAGUCUCCAAGAAAUAAGAUCUCCGCUAAAGGGAAGAGAGGAUGUUCUCCACUUUGGAAGUUUAGUCAAAGAUUUUCUUAUAGUCAGAGGAGUAAGUAGGUAAGAGGUAUGCAGCACAGGUAAAUUUAGUUUGAGGAUGACUCUGUAGUCGUAUUAACAAAGUAGUCUGUACUGACAGAAGUAUCAUUUAUUUCUUCUACUAAAUGUAGGAUGAUCUCUUUCUUCGUGAUUCUGGACGCACAAAAUAUGGGAAUAUAUCUUGAGUAAUAGCGAGUUUGUCUACUGUAGACAAUGUAUUUCUCUUUAAAACUAGUUUUUUACGAAAUGUUUAAAUAUUCCUUAAAGAAAUGGUAUAUUGGCCUUGAUGAUUGGAUUGUUCAGCUGUAAUAAUCUUUUGAGGUGGCGGCAUUGUGUGAGAGCCAGGCGGUGCCUCAGCACCUUGUAGUUGCUGGAAUACACAGACAUUCGUAGCAUCCUUUUUAUUGAGUUAGUGUAGUGAACUUCAGAAACCCUAAAAAAAAAAAAAAAAGAUUGCAAGGUGCCUUUAUGAUUCAACAAUGGCAAGCCAAAGUCUGGUUUACAAUAAGGAUUAAGAAGGAAUAAAAAAAUGUGGUACUACCUAAUCCUGAAAACUGCCUUAAAAUUUUAUGAAAACUCGAAUAAAAUUAGUCACUUUUAAGAUCCACAUCACCCUUAAGGUCACACAUACAUGUCCCAAAUAACCAUUAGUGUGAGCAACCUCUAGCCUAUCAUUAUUUAAUAAUAUUAGUGUAUGUCUCACGUUGUUUAUUGUUUCCCUAAUACCAUGCAUUUUGUUUUAUCUUUUUUUUUUUUUUUUUAUAUAUUUUAGACCGAUGUCACUAAUAAUAUAUAAGAACAGAAAUCUGAUAAAAAUAAAAUUCGUGCUGCUUUUUGAUGGACCACACAGCAAUAUAUCGUCAGCAAACGGCACUACGCUAAGUUUGUUUAUGCCCAUCAUACAUCUCUGAACCACGCUAUCAUUGAUCCACGCUACAUAUAUCAUUUUAAAAUAUCAUUAAUGUAAAUCUCAAAUAAAAAGGAGAUAAAAUACCACCCUGUCUCACUCCUUGCUCAAUGUAUAAAUAAGGACUUCGGAAUUAUUAUUAUUAUUAAUUUUUUUUUUUUUUUUUUACACAAACCAUGUGAUUCCUUAAGUAAUGCGAUAUUAUGUAUGUUGGAAGAUUUAGCUGCAUUAGCUUUUUGCCCAGAAUGAAAUGAUCGACCCGAUCAAAGGCUUUCGAUAAAUCAAUUAAGUUAGAAAACAACCAUUUGUUGUACUUUAUGGUCAGAACGCCCUUCUGAAAUCCAAACUGUCUUGAAUUAAGUAAUACUUUUCCUGAAAAAUACCUGAAAUUAUCAUCAAUUCAGACAAUUUCAAAUUAUAUGACUAGCAUGACUGGUGUAGAACUGCUGGCAUUCACAUUUACUCGUACUUUGUUGUUCGGGGUAGUGGUUCCCUUAAGGAGUGAGCAUGGUAGGUAACAGUGAACAAGACAUACAUUUUAAAAGUUCGCUUAAAAAAAAAAAUCAUCAGAGGUUCUUUUUAAUAACUCAGAAUGAACACCAUCGCCCCCCACACCGUGACUGAGGCGUGCAAUAGGUUUCCUGAGCAGUGUUAGCGAGACACGGGACACAUCUUGCCUCCAUGUUGCCAGUGUUUAACAAAGUGUGCAUAAACACUUUCUCUGGGUCUCUGUGCUCUAGCUGACUAUACUCAAAUUUUCUCAGAAAUAUAUUUGUAAUGUCUUUUCAUGGCAAUGUUUUCCAUCGAGAGAGCAUUCGUACAUUUGGAAUUUCUUUCUUUUCUUAACUUCAUUCUCAAAUACUUUGAUAUAUUUAACUUAGUUCAUUUUGUUUACAUUGACUUUUUUGGCAGUAAUCAUAUCACCAUGCUCAACUUUUCCUUUGGAUGACCAGUUAUUUAUUUAUCCCUCGCCACUGAGUGCAAGUGCUCAACAUUCCUAUUCUAUCCAGGAAUAAUAACUUUGCACUUGUUUGUACUCACUUUAUUUUCAAGCAAAUCGUUUAAUACACUUUCACAGCAGCACACAGAUUGUCAAACAAAACAUCAAUAUUAAGAGAGGUAGGUGAUAAAGGUCUUAGGGUCCCUCCAACCAACUUUUAUACGCCCCUGAAAUGGAAACUCGUGGCAAUUUUCUAAGUUCCUAACAUAUCUAGCUAUUCUAAUGUAUUCAUAUUUACUUUUUUUUCCAACUUUAUAAUUGACAUGUAUGUCAGUCUUUACACUAUGAUUUACAAUAUUGUGUAAUUGGCUUCCAGUAACCCAUAGCUUGAAUGGUAAAGGCACAUGAUCACAUGUAAUCAAAUCAUGUAGCAUUUUGAAAUCAGGCGAAGUGCGUGAGUCUUCUGCCGUCACUCCCACAUGAUCUAGUCAUCUGCUUUGUGAGUCGCCAUAACCAAUAAAUGUGAAACUACUACUGUUCGGUAACUGUUCAGUGUCACAACAUUGCAACUCAUUUCCUUUAAUGAACGUGAAGUUGCGCCAGGCUCAUGAUGAAAUAAGGGUCAGCAUUAAAAUCACCAGUUAAGUAUAUAUUCCAUUUAAAGUGUUGUCCUCAAUUAUAUUUUCAAGGACAGAGAGUGUCCUUAAAUAUCUUUGCUCAAACGCCAAUGUUAUUCAUAACAAAAAUUACUCUUUUUCUUAUAGAGAACCCCAAACCUUCCCUCUUAACGCCCUGCCAACCCAACACUCUCAUAAGGAUUAUUAUGUUAGACAAAGCAGAAUGGACGAUAAUGCGUAAUAUAAUUAUAUGUUAUCUUUGGACACGAGUCGAUAUGACAGAUAAAACUGAAGGGCUGUGAAAUGAUGUAUUUAUUAUAAUAGAAUUAGAGUGAGCGAUCGGAAAUGAGAGAACUGAUGUGUGAUAAGUUGAAUAACCUUAUAAUCUGAAUGUCAGCAUAUAUAUAUAUAUAUAUAUAUAUAUAUAUAUAUAUAUAUAUAUAUAUAUAUAUAUAUAUAUAUAUAUAUAUAUAUAUAUAUAUAUAUAUAAAGAAAGCAUCAAAGCUACUCAUCUUCAAUCCAGCAUUCUAAAUGACGUACCUGAAGAGAUAUAAGAUUCAUGUAAAUAUUUUAUACAUUUUUCGUGCUGUGAAUGAAUAAGCCAGAAUGCUGUUAGUAAUAUAGUGUGGAACUACGUAAUAAUUCACUUAGUUGCUAUGAGUAGCAAGGAUGUAGUGCUAUGAAAUGGAAUGACAGUAUAAAUAUUUUUGGAAGACUGUGACUAUGUUGCUGAUGUGUGUGUGUGUGUGUGUGUGUGUGUGUGUGUGUGUGUGUGUGUGUGUGUGUGUCAUUUAUCUACAGUCGUCUGCCCGUCACCCAGCCAGCCGUUCCCCUACAGAAAGAACUCAAAGCUCAUAGUGACCCGACCUUAGAGUAAACCUGAAACCAGUUCCACACCACACACCGGGACAGCGAGACCACAACUCCUUGGGUUACAUCCUGUAGCUACUUGCUGCUAGGUGAUGACGGGCUACACACACUGAGUGCAGAUCAGCGUAUGACAGCAAUACCAUCAAGAAACAACGACGACGACGACGACAACAACAACAACAACAACAACAACAAAAAUAAUGAUGAUGAUGGCAUUAUUUUUAUUAUUAUUAUUAUUAUUGAGGACAAAAAAAAAGAAAGGUGUAGAUGAUGUUAAAUGAUGAGAUAAGAUCCAGUUUACUAAAGAAAAAUAAAUGUGGAAAGAGACUUGCAGGAUCGACUCUUGAAAAGACACUGAAUCAUACCAUCUUGUUUUGCACUUCAUAGGAUUGUGGUGUUACUGGUCUACCACUUUAGUCCAGUACUUCCGGGAAAUCCUGGGUUGCUGAUACUCAUCAUCGAAGUUAGAGCUGCUUCAUUGUGCCUACAGAUCCAGCGCUUUUAGGUGGUGCUUCAGUGUUGCAGCUCUCCAGUUUUUUUUUUUUUUCUUUUUCAUCUUGCAACAUUUACAUAAUCUUACUUAGAGAAGGAAGCCUCAAUAUUCUGUGUUUAGGCUGUAAUCUGUAAAGUCUCAAAUAACAUGUGUAGUCAUUCUGGUUGUGGUUUUAGAAAUCUAGUAAUAUUCAUAAUAAUGCAUAAAUAUUCAUCUGACAUUUGAAGCUAAUACUACAAAACUUACUGAACCUCUUGAGUUAUUUUGUCAUUUCAUGAUUGAGCACCUUCAAUAGAUAAUGAGAAAUAUAAACAUAUAUCGGUAUGAAUAAACAUUCCUAUAUGAUCACUGCGUUGUCCUAAAGUGGGGUUGAAAAUUCUGGCAGUAUGUAUUGUCUGUUUUGUUUUGGGCUUAACGCAAACACUUCCAUUAUCAUACAAGACUUUGUUAACAACGUAGCUGUAUGUGUAAGGAAAAGGGAUGGUGCCUAGAGAAGGGCAAGAAAGUCUCUAAAUUGAUCAGAGGCAAACUUUAUCGACAUACGAGGAAUAGAAACAGAAGGAGGAAGUGAUGAGCACUAAAGAGGUAAUGUAGACAGUUAUUGAAGAGAGAGAGAGAGAGAGAGAGAGAGAGAGAGAGAGAGAGAGAGAGAGAGAGAGAGAGAGAGAGAGAGAGAGAGAGAGAGAGAGAGAAAAGCAGGCGACCUGGUUCUUGUGGGAAUUAUAUUCAACAACAACAACAACAACAACAAAGGAAAAAAAAGAAACGAGAAGAGAAGAGGAGGAGGAGGAGGAGGAGGAGGAGGAUUAGGAGGAGGAGGCGGCGGAAGAUGAAGUAAAAGAAAAGAAAGAAAAGAAAGAAGGCAUUGUAUGUUCUGUGACUGCAUUUGAUAUCUUUUUGUUAGUUUUGUGACAAUGAAAUGGAAAAAUUCCUCUCCAUUAGGCUUGAACUUCGAAAUUGUGUCACUUUCUGUAAUGUAAAUCAUGAAGACCGUAUGUUUAUAAGCUGGUGUGUGUGUGUGUGUGUGUGUGUGUGUGUGUGUGUGUGUGUGUGUGUGUGUGUGUGUGUGUUAGCAGGAAAUGUAGAACUGAAGAAUAAAAGUGAGGUAGAGACAGGUAACGCUGUGGUGGUUCCGUCUGUAAAGUACGAAAAAAAAAAAAAUUAUGUAAUUGUAAUUCAUGCUUUACCUGAAUAUAAUUAAAAUGUAAUAGCAAAUGUAUGCAAUGAGCUGAAAAGUUCGUUAUUUAAACCAUUUUCUGUCCCCAACAAACACUGCUUCAUAAUCGAUCAAUCAACCAGUCAAAAUCCAAUAACAGCAACUGUUAGAACAGUCAUAAUUAUGAUGGUGAUGAUGAUGACGAUGAUGAUAACAAUAAUAAUAAUAAUAAUAAUAAUAAUAAUAAUAAUAAUAAUAAUAAUAAUAAUAAUAGCAAUAAUAAUAACUGAUAAUAAUAAUAAUAAUAAUAAUAAUAAUGAUGAUAAUAAUAAUAAUAAGAAGAAGAAGAAAAGAAAUGAAUACUACAACAGCAAUAACACCACCACUACCAUUAAAAAAAAAAAAAAAAAAAAAGGAAAGCAAAGCAAAGAUGGAGCCAUGCCCUUUCUCGACGUCCUAGUUAAAAAACAAGAAGGAAGAUUUACCACCAGCGUCUACACAAAACCAACGAAUCCGGGACUCUGCUUGAACGGGCGAAGUGAGUGUCGCACGAGGUACAAGGAUUCCACUAUCUCAGCCUACAUCAGAAGAGCGCUUACACACUGCAGCACGUGGAAACAAGUCCACCAAGAAAUACAGCGCUCAACUCAAGUCCUCAUAAACAACAAUUUCAGUGAAAAGGACAUCAACCGCCUAGUAAAGAAAAUUGUCGACAGCUGGCAUAACAAGAAGCAACAAGAGGAUAAGAAAGGGAACAUCAACAUCUUCUAUAAAGCAACUUUCUCUACCGCCUACGAAGAAGAUGAGAGGGCCAUCACGCAGAUUGUGAAGAGGAACAUCAAGCCUUCCGACCCUGACAGACAAGUUAAACUGAUAAUUUAUUACAACACCAAGAAAACCAGCCAUCUUCUAAAAAAUAACCCCUCAAAAGAGAAAGAGAGCCUUCAGAAGUCACAUGUCAUAUAUAGGUUUACGUGUAACCAAGGAAACUGUGAAGUCCUUCCCUCCACCUAUGUUGGCAUGACGACAAGACUCUCCCAACGACUAACUUUCCACCUCGCAGCAGGAGCACCCAAGAAACAUCUGAAGGAGAAGCAUAACAUAAACAUCACAAGAGGAAUGCUAGUAGAUAAAACGGAGAUCCUAACUACAUGCCCAGACACCAGGCGUCUCCCCAUCUUAGAAGCACUAUAUAUAAAAGAGACAAACCCUACAUUAAAUCAACAAUCCGAAGACCUACAAGCAUUACCAAGCGCGCGAAGACCCAGCUUGGAUAGCAGCCCAGCACAGCCCGCGACAGCCGUCAGCCAAUCAGAGACCAGGACGCGCAGCGGGGUGACAAGCCUACCGGUAUAAAUACACCCCCGCAAUCAGCUUGAGCCAUUCUCUCCGACACCCUCAACACGGAUAGACCUUCGCUACUGAAGAAGGGUCAAGGACCCGAAAUCGCGAUCUAGCGAAAAUGACUAGCUUCGGCGAAGUCAUACAGCCAAUUAAAAAAGAAUAUAAGACAAUCAUAAGAUAUAAGGAAAAUAUCUUAAGAAAAAUAAUAAAUGCUCAACUAGCUAUCACAUUCAAUGAGAUAUGUAUUAGAGAAAGACUCCUGCCCAUAU